UCGAAAUUAAGCGCUGUCAAGAUUUUUGACAGUAAAUUUGACGUUUUGAAGCAAGUGUCAGAAGUUUUUGUCUUUACUGAUGUGAAAACAUUUUGAAAUGGUAUUUAAUAUAUAAUUAACUUUAUAUAGUGUUAAAAUAUUUGUUAAAUAAGAACAAAAUCAUUAAUUCUAAGGAAUAAUGGAACCGACUCCGCCCGAUUCAAACAAUGGACAACAAAAUAAUCAACAAGAAAUCACUGUAGACAAUAACCUACCUAGUGCUGCAUCCAGUCCAGUAUCAAGCCCAGUAAAUAUAUCUGCUAGUACAUCUAGUGAGGAAAUACCGCCACCAAAAGCAGAUUAUUAUGCACCCCCACCUUACGAGGUUGCUACAAAGGGUACCAAAUUACCCACAUAUGAAGAAGUCCAACGAGAAAAACAUUUGGAAGAGCAGGAUAUUCCAAUACCAAUUAAUUCUCCCACAACAAGGCCAUUACCAUUUCGUCCAGGACAAAGGGUUAUAACUAUUGAUACAGAGAAUCCUGAAGAUGUGGAUACAUCUUUAUUAGGAACAGAUUUUAUGUUUUAUAUCGCUUUCUUUGUCGCUUUUAUUUUUAACUGGAUAGGAUUUUUAUUAUUAAUGUGUUUUUGUCAUACAAUCGCUUCAAGGUAUGGGGCCUUGUCCGGCUUUGGUUUGUCAUUGGCAAAAUGGACUUUUAUUGUACAACACUCAACAGAAUUAGCUUCAAAAGAUAACAGUUGGUUGUGGUGGCUUAUAAUGACUUUUGGGCUCAUCAUUUGUAUCCGCGCUAUACUGCAAUACUUGAGUAUAAAAAGAGGAUGGCACAUGUUAUCUGCAAGUCAUCAAGAGAGGCUUUUAUUUUUUUAUUAAGCUUUAAAAAUGUGUAGGUGUUUUUCAAGUAUACGAUUCUUGUGUACUUGUCAUGGCGUACUUUAAAUGUGAUUAGAAAACAUUCAUUCCUUUCAAGUUUUUUUUUCAAAAGUUGUUGAAUGUGAUGUUAUUUCGUGCAUUUAUUAAUAAUACAGUUGAUAACAUUUAAUAGUUCCGAAAUAACUUCUUUUAUUAUUAAAUGACCUUAUUGAUUAGCAAUUUCCCAGGGAAUUGAAAUUUAGUCGAAAAAAUGAGGAAAACAACGAAAAUUUUCCGAAAAAAUUGGGUUAUUUGGAAAAAUAUUGAUUCUGGUGUGAAAUAAAAUAUUUUACAGCUAAUACCAAGUCUUCUACUACCUUUUUAGGUAUAAUAAUCCCAGCAGAAACAUCAAAUUGGCAACUAUGUGUGAAAUUGCCAUUAUAUUUGUUGGUAAUUGUUUGUAAUUGUCUAGGUUCAAACUUUUUUCAAGGUCAUAGUUGUCUAUUUAAUUUAAUCAGAACCAAAUUUUGAUAGCAAGGUACCCCAUUUCCCUUAUAUUUUUGAAAAUCAAUGGUUUAUCUGUAGCUUAGGGUACAUUUUUACUCUUUUUUCAGUCAAAAUGUUCAUAUUACAAAAGUUUCCACUAAAAAUAACAUUUCAAUCCCAUAGUUUAGACAUUUUUUGAAAAUUACAGCUCGUAACUCUAUAUAGAGUAUUUUCUAUUGUUUUCGACAAGUUUUCUAAUAGAUAAUCUUCAAAAAAUCAAUUUUUAAGGCCAAUUCUCAAUAGAUUUUAUCCUGGGAGUAAAUUUGUUGUAUUAAAGAACAGACAUAAUCAGAUCAUUUUUUGUUGCUAUAAUUAGGGGUAAGGACCCCAUUUCAAUUAUAUUUUCGAAAAAAAAGGUUUAUCUGUAGCUUAGGGCACAUUUGUACUCUUUUUUCAGUACAAAAUGUUCAUAUUACAAAAGUUUUCACUAAAAAUAACAUUUCAAUCUCAUAGUUUAGACAUUUUCUGAAAAUUACUGCUCAUAACUAUAUAUAAAGUAUUUUUUAUUGUUUCAGACAAGUUUUCUAAUAGAUAAUCUUCAAAAAAUUAAUUUUUAUGGCCAAUUUCUCAUAGAUUUUAUCCUGGGAGUAGAUUUGUUGUUGUAUUAAGGAACAGAUGUCAUUUUGCUGCAUGAACUUCUUGAUAAGCCCUCGUAUUAGAAACGACAACAAUAGGGCAUCAAUCGAUUUAAACAAAAAUGUGAUAUAAAAAGUUGCAGGCCAAAAUACGAGGGCUACUCAUUGUAUAUGUUACUUUUUAAAACACAGAUUUGUUGUUAAAUAAUUUUUUAUAUCUCAAAGUUUAAUUUCUUUAUCGAGAACAUUAAAAUAAACGAUUUUAUUAACGAAAAUUAGUUUAUUUCCGUCUAUGUCUUUAGUAAAGUAUAGAAACAUAAAAUUUCAUUUUUUACAUUGAAAUUGCACAUAAUUGUAAAUUUAUAUUUCCCUGGUGUAAAAUAAUUUUUUUCUUAACAAAAAAACAGUCGUUCUUUUUUCAAAACUAGAUUAAAUCUACUCAAUAAUUGACAUAAUACAUUCGAAUGUGGAUCAUACCAAAAAAAGAUAGUCAUUAUUUUAUUGAUUUAUAAACUUCGAUAAAUUCGCAGUUUUACUUUUGUUUGAUAUCUGGUGGAUCUACGGUUACAAAACAGCGCAAAAAUUCGUGCAUAUAGCGGUUUGUACUAGAUUUUGUAUUACGAACGUGUUGAACCGACCUCGUAUUUAAAAACCAGUCAACAAUAUGGCGUCAAUUGAGGAUGUCAUAACAACGAAAAAUGAAAGCGCGUUGUAUCCAAAAGAGUGUAGUAAUCUUGAUAGCAAUUAAAAAUUUAAUUUUUUCCGUAAUUUUAGCACAGGCAUUUCCAUUUCAGUGUUCAUAGUUAUUAUGUUAUUUAACGUUAAUUAUUUUCAUUUACGUCAAUGAUAAAUAUGGCAACUUCUGUUUACAUCGGCAAACGAGAUGAUACUAUAAAAUUGCUGUGAUUUUAAAAACCGACAUCAGACGAUACAACCCGAUUGAGAUUAAAUUGUUUGAAGGCACUUUUUUUAUUCGUUUCACUUGGAUGGAUAUGUCGAUGGUAUUUUACUUAACCUCACAUUCAACAACAAUGUAUUUUGUUAUAUUUAAAUAUUUGGAAAUGUGAUUGGAAUUAUGAAGACAAUAUAUGUAGUUUGGAUAAAAAAAAUCGAACAAAACUUCGUAAUUUUCAAUUGCUUGAUUACAAAUUUGCAAGUAAUUUUUUAAUUCUUAUCAAAAUGGCACUCAAAUUUUAGUGAAAAAACGUGAUAUUUGAUUUUUUGUGUACACAAUGUUGAAGAUCUUAUCUAGAAAGAAAUAAUCUAGUUCGUAAAACAAUGUUUGUACUAGAGAUGAGAAUAACAGAAAUAAAAGUCGUAACCGUGAUUUAGUAACUGUUGGUGAAUUAUAUUCACACUUCGUGGAUAUGGCAACACAAUAAGGGGGUGAAGGUCAACGAUUUUGUCGCCUAUAAUUUAAUUCAAUUUCAAUUCGGAAAAAUGGAAAGUUAUUUGACUAGUUCUUAAAAAUAAAGAAAAAAAUCGAUCAUAAAAAAGAUAAUAUUGGGAUGAAACAAAAAUAUAAUGAAAUAAAUACAAAAAUUAAAGAAAAUUGAUCAGAAUUAUCUAAAAUUCGGGUAAUCGUCUUAAGAGAUAUAAAAAACUGUUACAAAUGACAUGUACUGCGUUACCUUGAUUUGAUAGCCGAUACUGAUGAUGGAAUUUAAUAAAACCUUAACAAUCUUUGAGAUGGCGACGGAUGGGCGCGAUCCACCUUCGGUUACUUUAUAACGUGGCAACAUUAUUUCUUCUACUUUUUUAUAUUCAAUCGAAUAUCACGUGAAUAAUUAAUUGAAUGGUUCUUUGUAUACAAUUUCAAAAAAAAUGAUAAUGUAAAAAAUAUUUUUAUAAAUUCACGACGAAUUUACCAAAAACAAAUAAUUUUUUGGAAUUACAUUCGAAGAUUCUUAUUUGUUGUUUGAAAAGUUUUCACCUUGGAGUAUUGUUUUCUUCUGAAAACUAUUUUUAAUUGUAUUAAUUUAGAUUCUCUUUACUUUUUUUGUAUAUUCAAAUAAUGGUUUUCGUCAUUAUAAACUCUAUAGGAAACAUCAACGACGAUCAGAUCUGGAGAUUUCAAUGAAAAAGCGGUUUUUUCAUAUUUCAAGUUCUGCCAUCUCUAUAUUCAGGUCGGAAACUUUGCAAACAACCCUCGUAUUUUUAAAUUAUCGAUAACUUUACAGACUUAGUAUGAUUAUUAUAAAAAAUAUUCUGCGUUGCCGUUAUUACUAGAUUAUAUAUUGUUCCACUGGAUCUGAUUAAUUAUAAAAAUUAAUUAAAUUACAUCUUAAAUUGUA